CAGGCCAGUGCUCGGGGCGUCCCAGCCCCAGAAAGCAGUUUCGUUGGGCUCCUACCCACCCCGCUCCGCCGAUGAGCCCCCGAUAUCAGGCAUGUUUUCGGGUACCUCACCGGGAUCAGGACCGUUCUGCAUUCGAUGUCAUGACAUGUGAACAGAUAGGCUCACGAGAGACAUCUUGUUUGUCUGGACAUACAAUAUCUCUUACUCGUGUAUAUAGCACCCACAUCUUUUUGCCAUCGUCGCCUUCGGCCCGCAGGUAGUCCGCCAGCCACUCGCUCUCGUAUCCAUCGUCGAUGAUGACAAGUGAACCGCUCCACUCCGGUUUCGCAUUCUCGCAGGCGUAUUUCAGUUCCCACUUCAUUCACACAGAGACACCACCACAAGGCAUGAAUGCGAUCGGUCUGCAGUGCGCGCAAAGUUACGUAGUCCUCCGUGACCGUCGUGUCGACUGAGUGCGGAAACAAGGACACCAACAAAUUCAACAAACACGAUGGACUCCGUGCGUGCGCGUCAGGUGCGCGUGCAUACUGUAGUAAUAAGAGCAUGAGUGCGGCCGGUGAACCCAGUCGCCGGCGGCUGCAUACAAUGCACACAUAUGCGCGCAUUUGUGUCACUAUCCAUUUCAGCCUGGUGCUUACGUGGCGUGCCGUAGUGGUUAGAGGCCCCGGGCACAAGGACGGAAAUUAGCCACGCAACCACCAGGGACCACCAGAAAUGCAAGAGAGACUCAUCGCCAUCAUCACGCGGCUUCUUCAGACGGGGAAUCAACUGGGCUGAGGUGCUGAUCAUCGAGUAGAAGCCGAAUGCACGAAGGAUCUAUCGAGUAGAAGCAAAAUAGUGCCCGAAGAGAAGCCGUCAUUUCUUGAUGGCUCAGCUGCCAGUACUUACGCCCGCGAUGUGGGGGCACGGUGGGGGUCGCGGCUCACUCAGGCUCAUCAUUCGGGACUCGCGAGCUUUUAGCGAGCGAGGCACGCUCUUACCCGAAGUUCGUG